UGAAGAUAAAAGGGCAGAUAAUUUCUGAAUGAACCUCAAAGUUGCACAUUGCAGUUUCGAUGGGAGAGGAUAAGCCUGUAGACUCGCCUGUAGGAGGAGAUGAAAUUUCAAAGAAGGCUCUUAAGAAGCAACAGAAGGAGGCUGAGAAAGCAGCGAAGAAAGCUGAACGUAAAGCACAGACUCAAGCACAACAAGAGGCCAAUCAAGAAGAGGAUGUAUCAGUUGGAAAAUAUGGGGACACAGGAUUAAUACAGAGUAAAGAAAAACAUGCAGAGAGAAAAUUUACUGAAGUUAAAAAUUUGACUGCAACGUUGGAAAAUGAAAUUGUGUGGUUAAGAGGACGUUUGCAUACUAGUCGUGCCAAAGGCAAACAGUGCUUUAUUGUUUUAAGACAGCAGUCGCACACAGUGCAAGGAUUAGCUGCAGUGAAUGAAAAAAUUAGCAAGCAGAUGAUCAAAUUCAUAUCAAACAUUACCAAAGAGUCCAUUGUGGAUGUAGAGGCAGUUGUAAAGCGUGUUCCUUCGAAAAUUGAAUCCUGUACACAGAAGGAUGUGGAGGUUCACGUUGAAAAAAUAUUUGUAAUAAGUGCUGCAAAGCCACAGUUACCAUUACAAAUUGAGGAUGCCUCAAGACCUAUGGCAGAAGCAGAUGACAAUACUCUUAAUAUAAAAGUGAAUCAGGACACCAGAUUAGACAACAGAGUUUUAGAUCUAAGGACUCCAGCCAAUCAGGCUAUAUACAGGGUUGAAGCAGCAGUUUGUAAAUUAUUCAGAGACAUUCUUACAAAUAAAGGUUUUGUUGAAAUCCAUACACCGAAAAUUAUAUCCGCUGCUAGCGAAGGUGGUGCGAAUGUGUUUACAGUGUCGUACUUUAAAGGAAGCGCUUACCUAGCUCAGUCCCCUCAGCUUUAUAAACAAAUGGCAAUAGCUGCGGAUUUUGAUAAAGUCUUUACUAUUGGAGCAGUUUUUAGAGCUGAAGAUUCUAAUACACACAGACACUUGACAGAAUUUGUUGGUCUUGACUUGGAAAUGGCAUUUAAGUAUCACUAUCAUGAAGUAGUAGAUACUAUAGGACAAAUGUUUACAGAGAUGUUUAAAGGUCUUCGUGAUAAUUACGCUGCUGAAAUUGAGGCUGUACGCCAGCAGUACAAUGUAGAACCUUUCACAUUCUUAGAUCCGCCUCUGAAAUUAGAAUUUAGCGACGCGAUCGAAUUAUUGAAGGAAGCUGGAACAACUUUGGGUGAAGAAGACGAUUUGUCUACACCCGAUGAGAAACUGUUGGGUAAACUUGUAAAAGCAAAGUAUGACACAGAUUUCUAUAUUUUGGAUAAGUAUCCCCUGGCAGUAAGACCUUUCUAUACAAUGCCAGAUCCAAACAAUUCUAAAGCGUCGAACUCUUACGACAUGUUUAUGCGUGGCGAGGAAAUCAUUUCCGGUGCGCAACGUAUCCAUGAUCCUGACCUUCUUAUAGAACGUGCUAAACAUCAUGAAAUUGAUAUAGAAAAGAUCAAAGCAUAUAUCGACGCGUUCAGGUACGGUUGCCCUCCUCAUGCUGGUGGCGGAAUCGGAAUGGAGCGUGUUGUAAUGUUGUAUCUUGGUUUAGAUAAUAUCAGGAAAGUCUCAAUGUUCCCUCGUGAUCCCAAACGUCUUACGCCAUAAAUAUUAAGAUUUUUACUGCUGCAUAAUCUUAUAUAUGUACGAAAACGCUCUGUGUAACUGUGAAAGUGGUUAGUAAAUUCGAUCCACUUUGCAAUAAAAGGAAAUCAGUAA